UGUCUGCAGCCUCUGUGCCGAGCAGCAGCAGCAGCAGCAGCGGCAGCAGCAGCAGUGUGUUAACCAAAAGGGGACGAGGAGAAAGCCACAUACAGCACGAGCAAGAUGGCUUUUCCUGCAUUGUGAGGGAUUUAGCUUUAAAGUCGGCUCCUGGGAUUUAAUACAAAAGGGCUCGGCUCUUGGGCUUUCACAAUAGAAGACAGCAGCUCCAAAUGAGUGUACCUGCAGUAACGGCACAGAAAUCAGACAACGGUGAAAUGCAGUCGGCUGCGGUGGCUCCCUCCUUCAUCCCCAGCCAGUCGGGGAAGAUACCGGGCAGGAAGAGAGGGAGACCCCCCCUCCGAAAUGUCGCCAAGAUGGAUUUUCCUAACCGCUACCCUGAAUCGCUCCCUCCGCUCAAAGUGCCGAAGAAGAGGGGGAGAAAGCCGGGUUUCAAGCUCAAACCCAGGAUGGUGAUGACACCGCUGGCCAUUUCUCCUCCCAGCAGCACCCCCGAGCCGGAUAUGAGCUCCAUUCCUCAGGAUGCUGCCACCAUCCCCCACUCUGCCACACCCCAGGUGCUCACAGUCUGUAUCUACAUCAACAAGCAGGCCAACACCGGUCCCAAUCUGGACAGGAAGAAGAUCCAGCAGCUGCCCGAUCACUUCGGACCCGACAGGCCCUCUGUGGUGCUGCAGCAGGCCGUCCAGGGCUGCAUCGACAGCGCCUUCCAGCAGAAAACGGUGUUCACUCUCCUCACGCAAGGCUACGGGGGAGAAAAAAUAUCAGGUGUUGUACAAAGGCCUCGAUCAGCCACAUUUGAUGGGAAGCAGCAUCUUCUGAGCCUCCCCGUGGUGAACAGCAUCGACUAUGUGCUUCGUUUUCUGAAAAAGCUCUGUCGCAGCUUGCACUGUGAAAACCUCUUCAGUGAUCAGCCCAUUACCCAGCACAGUGGUGGCUCCUACCAGUCAGAUGCUGAAACAUCAAUGGCUGAGGAUUACCAUUUAGACCAGUCGGACGGCAAACGCUACUCCGUUGACCCCGGCGACUCUGCUUUCAACUCCAUAAGCUCGUCCUACUCACCAAAGUCCUCCUACGGGUUCCGUUCCUCGCAGCAGUUCUCCAACGGCUCGGCCUCCAUGAGCAUGUGCAGGCAGUCGACCACGAGCCCGAACACAUUCCCAGAGAGCAACAGGACAGGAGGAUACAAUGCAUCUCCAGAGUCCCAAGAGUCCAAAGCUCCACCCAAUAAGGACCCAUCCACCUGGUCCGUGGAGGAUGUUGUUUGGUUCAUCAGGGAUGCGGAUCCCCAGGCUCUCGGCCCUCACGCAGAUGUCUUUAGGAAACAUGAGAUAGACGGAAACGCCUUGUUACUCCUGAAGAGUGACAUGAUCAUGAAGUACCUCGGACUGAAGCUGGGGCCGGCCUUGAAACUUUGCUACCACAUUGACAAACUAAAGCAGACUAAGUUCUGAAUGCUGUUGAAUUUUCCAUCUCAAAUCCAGCAGAGCGUUUGAGAAAAGGGUCACGCCAUGGGGGGCGCCGGGUUUGCGAGCCAAUGGGAAGAUUGUCACUCGUACGGUCAAUUUAACUCCAGUUUCACUCUGAAUUGUGUGAUAUAAAUGUCACACAAUGAGCAGUAGCUGGUCAGGUAUUAGACAGUGUUUCAUAAAGACAACAUCAAAGUGAGAUCCAGCUUAAUGCUAAUAUAAAUGCUAACUCCAACAGACGACAAGCAUCCCCUGUGGUUAAUGUAUCUUUUAGGAUUUUCCACCUGGAGGCAGUGAAAACCAUUUGCAAUUACGCCAUUAGCAUAGAUGUCGUUAGUUUUUACGUAAAUACUUCAAACUUGGUAGCAAAUGUCAUGUAGCAACAUCAUCCUUCAUUCGUAAUCAUGUUUCUGACCAAAUCUAAUUCCAAUUAUCCCUCUCUUUUUGCUCUGUUUUGGGUCUCCACCAGCACCUGGGGGAAUAUGUGGCUCAUUAGCUGCUAAUUGCUCCACUUUGUUCACCAGCUAGUCUCUAACCGUGCCUGUCUGCCUUUCGGUGCUACGCAGGAAGAGUAUAGCGGUGUUGUCAGGAGAGUGAACCAAAACAAAAAGCUAAAACCCCCUUAAAAAGUGGCGUAACGUCGAAACAACACUCUCUUCCCGUUGGCCCACAGACCAGAGUCGAGGGAUUUGAACCGCCCUGGUACUAAUUUUUGCUACAGAUUUCCAUGAUGUCAUGUAGUAAUAAUCACCAAUCAUCCUCACUCUUCUCUCACUUUGGACGUUAAUUUUGAACGCAACCCAUGAGACUGUGGAAUGCAUACUUAACGCACAAUAAACAACACAAUGUAAUCGGUAGAGGAAGGCCAACGUAAGACGUUGUUCUGUCUCACAAACAUAGACUGUAUAAAUAUGGACAACGUCUCGUCACUUUGCUAGUUUCCCGGACAUACGGGCGUUUUAGUUUAGUUUUCGUUACGCUCUGCUCUGCCUCCUCCAGUUACAAGGAAAUGUUGGAUUACACACUUUUAACAACUCUCACAGCUCCACAGGAACGUUGACAUGGCACUAGUAGUUGCCAUUAUGUCACAUCCUGUUUCUAUAGCGUCAGAUAACUUACUAAAACAAAACUUAUCCAAAGAGUUGACACUUUUAUAUUAACUACUUAAAAUGACAGAAACGAUCCCUGAAAAAUACAGUUGAUGCGUAUUUUUUCCCAUCCACUAACGUGGAGGAGGUGGAGCUUGUGACCUAUACUGCAGCCAGCCACCAGGGGGAGCUCUACUUGCUUUGGUUUCACUUUUGAGGCUUUCUGCCAUCCAUGUUUAUACAGUCUAUGCUCACAAAUCUUCACAGGCAGCACAUCCGUCUGCUGCAGAUCUCAUUAUAUAGAAAUAUAUAAUCGUCGUCUGACAAGGAAAUGUAUAAUGGACAAAACACUUUAUACCUUAAGAAAAAUCGUCAGACGUCACUAUAUCACCUUGUUUACUCGUGUUUAUCGAGCUGAAGACAUAUCUACAACUGUACUUUUAACAAAAAAAGGAAAAGAAAACGGUGCGACAUUGCUUUUUGAUUGAGAGAUUUAGAAAAAUCAUUUUGAUACUAUUUUUUCACAUUACUAUACAACAACAAGAAAGUAAUGUUCCCAUUGACUCUGUCGUUUCUUUUUUUUUAAUUAUAAUUUUGAUAUUAAAAACCGAAAAGUAGCCUACAUAGAAAGACUGCAGCUCUCUUGUAAAUAUACAGUAUAUAAAGGAAACUGAGAGCAUUGUGAACGUGAUAUAUUUAUGUUUUCAAUAUGCAAGGUUGUUAAAUUCCAGUUAUCUCCAUAGCCUCUUCGUGUAUACGCAUUUCUUUCUUUUUUAAUUCAUGAGUUUUUACCAAGCAUCAGUGUUGAGACGAAACACAUGAAACACUUAAAUGUUACAACCGCCAUGUAAAUGGGUAUAUAAUAUAAUAUUGCUUUUGUAUACCACUUUGGGUGUACAGUAUGCAUCCUUUUUUAACCAAUUAACCUUUGUAAGUGAAUGCUGCUGUAAAGAUAUUACAUGUAAGCCAUGCCUAGUGAGAUCAAACCGAGGUGUUUUAUUUUGAAAAACCACUACGAAUAACAGGUCAGUACUUUAUGCUGGUGCUAAAAAGUUAUCGACGUAUUUAACUGUUUGCUUUUGUGUUAGUGAGAUGUAAAGGAAAUCCUACGUGUAUGCUGUACUGUAUGUGAGUAUUAAAUGAAGAAAUCCAGUAAUCAGA